AUGAGGCACAUCAACUGCAACAACGAGAAGGAGAAGCCAGAACUGAACUUGAUGACGAUGGGCGCCCUACCGCCUGAAAUUCUUAUCGACAUCCUUUCAAGACUGCCCGUAAAUUCGAUUUGUUGCAUGAGAUGUGUAUCUAAGGCCUUGUUAAAGAUGGUUGACGACCUCUCUUUCGCCACAUUGGACAUGCGGCGUCGUUUUCUAACUACUUGUUCUACUCCACGACUUGUUGUUCUUAAUGAGUCUUCCUAUGACAAAUAUGACAUGUUGUAUCCAGUGACGUACGACGGCCACUACUUAUUGACAAAGAGCAAAGACGCAAUUCAUGGAAGGUCUUCGAAGCAUGGAAGGUCAUGCUUGUUGGUGAAUCCUUUCAAGGGAGAAGUUGUGAUGCUCCCAUCAGCAAGUGACGUCCAAGUUCCAGCCAAUUGUCUUUGCACUGUUGAUUGGUACGGCAUGGGAUUUGAUAAUAUAACCAACAGCUUCAAGAUUGUACGUGUUUCCACCAAUAAAAAAGACUACUUGGCGGCCGAAGUUCUUGUAUUGGGGACGAGCUCAUGGCGGGAGUUGCCCAUGGUUCCUCCCUGCUUUCCAACCUACAAGUCCGUGUAUGCACAUGGGUACAUGCAUUGGUUGGUCGAUGGAGAUUACACGUCUUCUGCACGUAUACUUUCUUUCAACUUUAAAAAAGAAGAGUUCUAUUUGACUCCUCUUCCCACCCCCUUGGGGAAAGACCCAGAUCUCUGGAAAUGUCUUCACUUGAUUAAUUUUAGGGGAUCUAUGGCCCUGGUGUAUGCUUCUUCACCACAAGAUGAAUAUGUGAAGAUGCGGGGAUAUAGACAAUGUGUUGAGGUAUGGGGAUUGAAAAAUUACGAUAACAAAGAGUGGGAGCUAAAAUAUAAAAUAGAUACAGAACAAGAUCUUUCUAUACGUUGGGAGCCUACUAGUUUUUCUAAGUGCGGCGAAUGGGAUCACGGCAUAUAUUUGAAUCAGGAGAGUUCUCUCAAUAACUGUAUAUUCUUUGUGCAUCUAGGAGAUGGUUCCAUGGAGUGUGUGCUACUCAAGGGUCAAUUGAUAGUCCAUAGUUGUACCGGCAGCAUGAUUUCUCUAAGUAAUUGUGGAGAUUUGGUUGAAGCUGAAGACGAACAAGGUAUUACUGAAUUUCCCAUGCCUAAAAAAACUUGGAUAAAUCUGAUUAAUGUUGUAGAAAUAAGUGGAAGAGAUUUGUGUUACUUGAAAACACAGACGGAGUCCGCAUCUAUUUCUUGGGAUUGGAAAGAUAUUUAUGUUUAA